AUGAUAGAAGAAGCGCCCUCUCCUGUCCUGCAGGAUGCAUCCACCGACUCCAAAUCGCACGACGUCGAAGACAUUGUCGAAGAGACUGCAGAUCAACGAGUAUUGACAAAACUCGGGUACAAGCCUGUGCUUCACAGAACCUUCAACUUGUUUCACAACUUUUCGACGACCUUUGCCGCUCUUUACUUUAUCGGCGGUGUUCGAGUAACCUUUUCAACCGGCAUUGCUGCCGGCGGCAAUCUCGCCUACUGGACAAGCUUCAUAGUCACCUGCGUCUUCACAUUCAUCAGCGCUGCCGUCAUUGCCGAAAUCUGCUCAUCGCUGCCGCUUGCUGGGUCAAUCUACCUCUGGGCGGCUGAAGCAGGCGGGCCGAAAUACGGAAGGCUCUUUGGCUAUGUCGUGGCGUGGUGGAGCACAACUGCCUGGACGACAUUCUGUGCGAGCAACACGCAAGGUGCUGUCAACUACAUGCUGUCUGAAACUGUCGUCUUCAAUCUCGACUUCCCUUCAGACCCCUCAGACGUCAAAUUCCGUGCCGUGCAAUGGAUCUGCACCGAAGUUCUGCUCGCCUUGGCAGCGUUAUGGAAUCUUCUUCCUCCAAAAUAUUUCAAAUGGAUCUUCUAUCUCUCAACCGGCUCCGUCAUCCUCGACUUCCUCCUAAACAUGAUUUGGCUCCCCAUCGGCACGGCCCAGACCAUUGGCUUCCGCUCUGCCCACGAUGCCUUCAUGACCACGUACAAUGGCACCGGCGCCUCUCCCGGCUGGAACUGGUGCCUCUCUUACCUUGCAACGGCCGGCAUCCUCAUCGGCUUUGACGCAUCGGGCCAUGUCGCCGAAGAAACGCGCAACGCCAGCGUAACUGCGGCCCGAGGUAUCUUCUGGAGCACCGUAGUCAGCGGGAUUGGAGGCUUUGUCGUCGUUAUCCUCUUUCUUUUCUGCACUCCUGACCCAGACACCCUCUUCUCCUACGGCAGCGUUCAGCCAUUUGUGCCUCUAUAUGCUGUCCUCCUGGGUAAGGGCGGCCACAUUGUGAUGAAUGUAGUCUGCAUUGUCGCCUUGUGGUUUAACACUGCCAUCGCCAUCCUCGCCGCCUCACGCCUCGUCUUCGCCGUAGCCCGAGACGGAGUCCUGCCCUGGUCCUCGUGGGUUUCUCGAGUCGUCGACGGCCAGCCUCGCAACGCCGUCAUCGUCGUCUGGGUCGUCUCAUCCAUCAUCACCUGCACCAUCCUGCCCUCCUCCGUGGCCUUUACAUCGCUCGUAUCGGCCGCAGGUGUUCCCUCGGCCGCAGCCUACGGGCUCAUCUGCAUUGGCCGGCUCUUCUUUACGCCAAAGACCUUCCCCAAGCCUGCCUGGAGCCUGGGCCGUUGGAGCAAGCCCUUUCAGGCGAUUUCCGUCCUGUGGAACGGAUGGGUGGUCGCGGUACUCUACUCGCCAUAUGAAUUCCCCGUUACAGGCUCUACACUCAACUACGCACCGGUGAUUAUGGGUGCUGUGACAAUCUUUGCGCUGCUUUCCUGGUGGUGGAUCCCGGAAGACAGAUGGCUGCCGAGCCAGCGGAUAAAGGAGCAGCUCCUGGCAGGAGAGUCUGCGGACGAAGAGUGAUUUAUUGGAAUGGGAGCAACGGAAGUGGCUUGGUGCACGUCUCAUAUCGAUACCCAGUAUAAUACAACUCUUUAGUUGAAAGACGAAGAAAACGAUCACUGUGUAUGUCAUUUACUUGCAAUCUUGUAUGAUUUAAUGCCUAGACCAGUCUACGUCAACUGGUUGAAAUGUCGACUAGCUCUUUACAAAUCUUCAAGAACAUGGCCCGUAAUCUUUGCAAUAAUUGAUGUCAUAUUUUGAUAACCACCACCAUCACUAAUACUUUUCUUUCGCCAUCUGGAUAUCUCAACCAUCACCGAUAUCAAUGCCAUGCUAUGCAAAUCAUUUUAUUUCAUGCCGAGUCCCGGCCCCCAAAACGCCAAACGUCCCUUUGCUCUUAAAAAAAAGACACCAAAGAGAAAAGAAAAAGGUAUCACAAAAGGAAACAAAAAAAAAAAAACGACAUCAGAACAAGCAGCUCAAGCCCACCAGUCACCCUGGUCGCGCAUGGCCUCGGCGACCUUGACGAAGCCGGCAAUGUUGCUGCCGGCCACCAAGCUGGGCAGCUCGCCGUCCUUGGAGGCAACGUACUUUUGCGCCGUCUCGAGGCCGGCCAGGAACGCGCUCUUCAUGAUGCACUUGAGCUUGUCGUCGACCUCCUUCUCGGUCCAGGUGAGGCGCUGGCUGUUCUGGGCCAUCUCGAGGCCCGAGACGGCGACGCCGCCGCAGUUGGCGGCCUUGCCGGGGGCGUACCAGACGGACUUGGCGCCCUUUUCCUUGCGCUGGGCCUCGAACAGGUCGAUGGCCUCCUGCGUGCAGCCCAUGUUGGAGCCCUCGGCGACGACCAGCACGCCGUUGGCCACGAGCGUCUCGGCCUCGGCGCGGUUGAUCUCGUUCUGCGUCGCCGACGGCAGCGCCACGUCCACCUUGCCGACGUGGACCCAGGGCCGGGCGCCGUGGAAGUACUUGAACUUGUCGGCGUAGUGGAAGUCGGUCAGGGGCCGGCGCUGGGCCUUGAGGUCGGCGAUGGCGGCGACGUGCGCGGGCGUGAAGGCGCCGUCGUCGGGGGCCACCAGCGAGCCCUUGGAGUCGGACAGCGACACGACGGUGGCGCCCAGCUCGAUGCACUUGAGCGCCGCGUACUGGGCCACGUUGCCCGAGCCCGAGAUGGCCACGCGCUUGCCGGCGAGGCUGCCCUGGCCGGCGUGCUGCAGCAUGUGCUCGACGUAGUACACCAGGCCGUAGCCCGUGGCCUCGGGGCGGAUCAGGCUGCCGGCCCAGCCCAGGCCCUUGCCCGUCAGCACGCCCUCGAAGCGGUUGCGCGCCUGGCGAUAGGCGCCGAACAUGUAGCCAAUCUCGCGGCCCGACACGCCAAUGUCGCCGGCCGGCACGUCGGUGUCGGCGCCGAUGUGGCGCGACAGCUCGCGCAUAAAGGCCUGGCAGAAGCGCCGGAUCUCGUUGUCCGACUUGCCCUUGGGGUCGAAGUCGGAGCCUCCCUUGCCACCGCCCAUGCUGA